CCACAAAGCGUUAUCAGAAUGUCAUUUUGUGCAUGUAAAUCCAUGUGAUUACGAAUUGGGGUGGAUAAACUAGCUAAGAUGUGUGUAUAUACAUUUAUGUUUCAUUAUUAUAAAAUUGAUAAUUUAGAAAGUCUCAUUCCUUGAUAUAUUUUGAAUUUAUAAUUUAAAUCUCCAUCUUUCGGAUAUAAUAAAAUGGUAUGUUGAUGUAAUCAUGCAGAAUGUCAUGUAUUAUGUAUUGUUUACUUAUUACAGCUUUGCUAAUAUGGACAUUAUAAAGAAGUGCACAUCUUAUGAUUUAUGUUAAAUUUUUUUACGUGUAUAGUAUAGUUGUUCUUUUUAUAUCUUUAUAUGAAGUAUAUAUAUAUACAUAUAUAUAUAUAUUUUGAGAGAAACGUAGAGGUUAUGUACUAUCCUAUUUAAGUGUCAAAUAAUAAAGAGAGAUAAAAAAUGCUAUGGCUGAAUCAGUAGCACAAGUUGUAGAAGAAGAAUUGAAUGGAGAAACAGAAUCAGAAGCCAGCAGUAUUUAUCAAUGUGGUUCAGUGAUUUCAACUGUUCCUGAUCGUCAUGGUUUUCUUGGAGGUUCACAGUAUAGUCCUGAAAGAAAGGUAACCAUACCACCUGAUGUUAUAUUGAGAAGAGAAAGAAAAUGGAUAAGAAUGUUAAAUAAUUGGAGUCUUUUUAUGACUACUAAUUAUCGAAAAGUCAGAGAAAGAUGCAGAAAAGGGAUACCACCUUCUGUAAGACUUAGAGCAUGGCUUAAUCUAUGUGGAGGACAAUUAUUAAUGAACGAAAACCCUAAUUUAUACCAGGAAUUAAUUAAAAGACCUGGUGAUCCAAAAUACAUAGAAGAUAUUAAAAAAGAUUUACAUCGACAAUUUCCUCAUCAUGAAAUGUUUGUUGAAAAUGCACCUGGACAACAAGAGCUCUUUCAAGUAUUGAAAGCAUAUUCUAUUUUGAAUGCAAAAGUUGGUUAUUGUCAAGCUCAAGCACCUAUUGCAGCUUUUUUAUUGAUGCAUAUGCCAGCAGUACAAGCAUUUUGGUGUCUUGUUGCUAUAUGUGACAAAUAUCUUGUUGGUUAUUACAGUCAAGGAAUGGAAACAUUAAUACGCGAUGGUGAUAUACUCUUUGCACUUCUGAAGAGAGUUUCACCCGUUGCUUAUAAACAUCUUAAGAAACAAAAAAUGGAACCUAUUUUAUACAUGACCGAAUGGUUUCUUUGCGUUUACACUCGAACUUUGCCAUGGGAAAGCAUUCUACGUGUUUGGGAUAUGUUCCUUUGCGAAGGAGUUAAAAUUAUUUUUAAGGUAGGAUUGGUAUUACUCAAAGGAUGUUUGGGUAGAACAUCACUUACAAAGCAGUGUCCAACAACAUAUGAAACUCUCCAAGUUUUAAGAAAUCCUCCACAGCACAUAGUAGAAGAGGAAGCUUUAGUAUAUCAGAUUCAAAGGCUAAAUUUAAGCGAAGAAGAUUUUGAAUAUGAGCAUCAAAGACAGAUUCUUAAAAGAAAAAAUAAAGAUCAAGCAUCCCUCUCUAAUGCGAAUGGAAAUGGUUGAGAAACAAAGAAUAAUUUUGAUCCCAAAGUGUGCCUUCCCGAUUCUUUUUAUAUUGUAAAAAAUGUACAAUUAAACAUUUCAUAUAUGUAAUGUUUACAAGAGUACCUACAUUGUGCAAUAAGUAUACAAAUAAUUUAGAUGAAACCUUUACUUUAAAUAUCGCACAGACAUAUACAUUCCCAAACAGAUAGAGUGUAUUUAGUUACCCUUGUUUUUUUUUUUAUAUUAUAGUUUAAUCUAAGAAAGCACAAUAUACAUAUAUAAGAUGUUGCAGCAUGCAUUAAUAUUAUAUUUCUAUAUAUAUACUAUCUUAUUGAUAGUAAUAAUAUAAUAACGUGUAAAAAAUAAAUCCAAAAAAAAUGUAUUUUUAAAUGAUAUGCAAUAAUGUUAUAAAGUAACAAUGUUGCGUUUUUAAUUUAAGACUGUUUAUCACCUUUCACUCGCAAUGUAAUCAGCGACUUUAGCGAUUGAACAAAAUAUGAACUAAAAAUACAAUAUGAAGAUACUGUCCCCUUCAUACAUCUAUUGAAUCAGUAUAAGCUAGUCUAGUAUACCGCUCUUAUACGUAACUAAACAAUCGAGUUAAUGUGUGAAAGAAAUUUUUGUAUGUAGUACAAAUAGUAGCACAUCUGAUAAAAGCAAUUAAAAACUAUAUACCAGAUUAUAUUUCUCUGAAGAUAAAUUGAUUGAAAAGUAUUUGUUAAUUGUGCACAUUUUAUACUUCUUAUUUCUAAUUAAACUUAUACAAAUAGUUAAAGAAAGAAAUUUGAUGAUGAAUAUCUUGAAUUUUGAGAUAUAAUGAUGAAUAUAACUAGAAUAGAAAAUAUAAUAUUUAACUUGAAAAGCGUAAAUAAAAAGAAAUAAAAAAAAAAAAAGGAAAAGAAAAAAAAAUUCGAAUUUUUCAAUGCGUUUCUCUAAGAAAUUAUUUUAGAAUUCUACUAUAUCUAAUCUAUUUUACGAAAUAUAAUUAAGAAUGUAAAAUUUAUGAUGCUUUAAUGUUUAGUUAAAAUUAGAUAAAAAGGAUUUAAAAAAUGCAGUAAAAUAUGCACCCAUCCGUCCGGUAAUACUUCUAUUAUAUAAUUUAUAUUUAAAUUUCGAUAUAUUAAAAGUAAUAUCAACCCAAAUUCCACUCCUAGGAAGUUGCUGGUAAUUAUUCGUUUAAUAGAUAGCUUUAUCUUGUAACAAUGGAAGCUUCAGUCAUUAAUAUUUAACACAGCCACUUGUGUUUUCUGUAUCUCGAACAAUAAAGCGCAAUCUUUGGUAGGAUUUAAAUAGCGCUCGUGAUAUACGUCGAUAUGCGCGCAUAUAUUCUCCCUAUUUUACCCGCAUGAAAAAAUGAACCUCCCCGCAUCUAAUGUAGAAAGAUUACAAAACUCUUGUGUAAAAAUCUAGAUUUCUAGAUAAUAAAACAACAUCUCGAUUUACCUAAUUUUCAUCGAUGGAUCAGCCCAUUGAUAAUAGAUCGAUGCAUCGACGAGAAAUCGAGCGGGAGAACGAAAAAAUUAAAAACCUUGGCUUGACAUUUUGAAGAUCACUCUACCUAAGCAAAAUCAAAGUACUUAAAUUGAAUUCGAUUUAUUUCUAUUGAAAAAAAGGAUCUCGCCUGAGAGAAACUAAAAAUCUUUAAGCAAUUAUAAAAUUACCAAACACAAAACGUAUUAAUUGUUUAAUAUAAAACGUUUGGAAAAAUGGAACUCCGAUGUUUACUCGUCGGUAUGGAAAAGAAGACUGAAUCGGUACAUGUUAAAGUCAAUUAAACGUUCUUUUUAUUUUUAUUAAUAUUAAAUAUAGUCAAUGACUUGGAGAUAAAAAUUUAACUGUAUUGAAAUAUUAAAUUAAAAUUAUUUUAUAUUCAAUGCAUACUAGGAAUUAUGUAAUGUUUAAACGAAUGUACAUUAUUGUUUAAAUAUUAGUUUAUUGUACUUCGUGUACAUUAUACAUCGUUUCAAUAAUUGUAAAAUUAUUCCAAUAUUACAUAUUAUUAUUUCUAAAAUCCAUUAGCAUAAAAUUUAGUAUUUGCUUAUUUUUACUAUAGAAUUAUCAGUCGAAAGUUCAUUUAAAUGUCUAAGUAAAUUUCGUAGCUUUUCUGUGUGAGCGAAAUAGGUUUACUUGUGUUUGGAAUGAAUAAAAAAAUCUGAGUAUUAAAAAAAUCCUCACUUAAACUUUCAUCUUUAAAAUGAGACUGUUUCAAAAUCAUUCAAGAAUUAUGCCUGUAUUCAUUGUUGAUGUAAACCAUUACAAAAACCAGUGAUAAUAAACAGUCUUAAAUAUUCUACUA